AUGGCGAGCUUAAGAAUGAUAGGUCUUGUAGUCUUGGUGUUACUCCUUGUGGAUCUGUGCAUUGCCGCAAGAUCUUCUGUCUACGCCACAUCUGGUAGAGGAGAGGGAGGUGGUGGAGGUGGAGGUGGCGGUGGCGGUCAUGGCUCCGGUUCUGGUAGCGGAUCCGGUUAUGGAGAGGGCUAUGGAUCAGGAUAUGGAGAGGGCCAAGGAGGUGGCAGUGGCGGUGGGGGUGGAGGAGGCAGAGGUGGUGGAUCCGGUUCUGGUAGCGGAUCCGGUUAUGGGGAGGGCUAUGGAUCCGGAUAUGGAUCAGGCCAAGGAGGUGGCAGUGGCGGUGGAGGUGGAGGUGGCAGUGGCGGUGGGGGUGGAGGAGGCAGAGGUGGUGGAUCCGGUUAUGGGGAGGGCUAUGGAUCCGGAUCUGGAUCAGGCCAAGGACGUGGCAGUGGAGGCGGGGGUGGAGGAGGUAGAGGUGGUGGAGGCGGUGGAGGUGGAGGUGAAGGCUCCGGGAACGGUGCUGGGUCUGGUUAUGGUUUUGGCAGUGGUGGUGGGUCUGGCCAUGGUGGUGGUAGCCAUGGCAGUGGCGGUGGCGGCGGUGGUGGAGGUGGGGGUGGUGGUGGCGGCAGUGGCUCUGGAUUCGGAUCCGGGUAUGGAUCCGGCCGUGGAGAAGGGGAAGCACCUUGA